ACUAAUCAUUAAAGAACAACUUUUAUUCCUUCGGCAAUCUAGUCAGUGCAUAACCGCGUUCUGUGCUGUCACAUUUGGGGAGAAUUUGUUGAUUUCUAUAUGGGUGAAGUGCAUUAGCUCCUACGUGUGUACAGUGUUUCUGGAUAUUAGGUUCAUGUUAAUAGCUGCAGGACCAACGAUGGCGAAAUUGGUUACGACGUACGUCGUUACCGCACUUUUACUCUCGAUUGCGCUCUUCGAUCUCAUUGAAUGUCAAAGAAAAGUAUCAAGACCCCUUCCAAGUUCAUCUGAAACAAAAGGACGAGAAAGAGCGAAUUUCGAUUGCCCAGAGGAAUUUGGCUAUUAUCCACAUCCGAGCGACUGUACUCAAUAUUAUGUAUGUGUCUUUGGUGGAGCACUACUGGAGUCAUGUACUGGAGGGCUCAUGUACAGCCAUGAACUUCAAACAUGUGACUGGCCGAGAAACGUGGGCUGUGAUGGACUAGAAAUCUCUAACCACCCAGCAGCCUCUGCUUCAACUGGUACUCAUUCUCAAACAUCAAGAGGUAGGGAAAGAUCUCGAAGUCAAGAAAAAGAUGAUGUCAGAACUGAUUUGUCAAGCAAAUAUUCGAUACCACCACCCCCUCCACCACAGCCAAAAGCUGUCGUAACUACUAGGGGACAACCAAGGCAACUUCAAAAUCAACAAGAAAUUAUUAAGCAACAAUUAUACGCCGAUGUGGAGGAAGACCUUCCACCAGCUGAGGAAGUUGAAAGUGAUCGUCAACAACGAGUUUAUCGCGGACAACCGUCCCUUGUUGGACAAGUUCAAAGGGAUAGAGAUGGAUAUAGACACACUAAUGCUUUACCGACUUACAAGGAUCGUGGAGAGAAAAUAGGAGUUAUCUCAUUUGGAACACAGUCCCAACUGCAACACUAUAGUACUGUGCCAGACUUGAACGAAACAAUAACUAACCAUAUUACUUUGAAGAAACGACGAAAGAGACAAGCAAACAGAAGAAGAAUUCCCUCUACCGACCAUUCAGCACACUGGCAUGCUGGCUCUAGAAAACGAUAUCUAGCGAAUAACAGACUUUUACCUGACUAUAAUACGCAUAGUUUGAACCCUAUAACAUACAAGGCAGACGACGAGCAUUUUCAGCCAUUUAUUCCGAACUAUGUUCUUUCAACUAUUCGGACACCGUUAAGACAUUAUCCAGUAAAAACAUUUCAAAAUGUCAUUCCCAAUGUAUACAAAGAUUAUUUACCAUCUCCUAUUAAAGUCGAAAAAAAGAAAACCCAAUUUCGAGAAGCUAAUGAAAAAUCACCUAUAAAUAAAGGUGUAAAAGAAUAUAAUUAUUACGAAGCUAAGAAACCUCUUAGAAAUAAUAAUGAAGUUUAUGCUGAUUAUUCGCAAAAUGUUGCCCAUACUAUUAAGCCUUCUAGCAAGAAACAUCUGUAUAAGGAUGAUCUGCACGACAUCGAAGAAAUUACUGAAAGAUACGAAACAAAUAAUAAAACACAACAAAAACAAAACUAUAAUAGUGUCAGCCACAUUGAAAUGGAUCUUAACCACAAACCUACUAUAAAUCAACCAAAGGAAUACGAAGAUUCUACAGAUAGUAAUAAGGCAGAUAAAGAUAGUAUAGAUAAAGGAACAGAAAGCAAAGUUGAGGAUCCGAAAAAUGUCACAGUUAGCUAUGAAUAUUAUUCUGAAGAAGAAGAUGAUGACUUAGGUCCUCCCGAAGCAUUUUAUAACCACCAUAAUAAGUAUAAAGAAAUUUAUAACCCAUUUGAAAAUCCACAUUUUGAUUUUGAUACAUUUUUGGCCAAACUAGGCUCCACUACCAGUACAACAACAAAAACGACCACCACCACAAAAAGAAGUGUAUCUCCUUCAAAAAUAAAGGCCAAUUCUGAAGAAGUAGUAGAAAGUUUAAGAUUGAAUAAGGAGCGUACAAAUAAUUAUUCAAAUAAUAAUAGUAUUAAAAAUACAGAAUUGUCUCUGCUAACAGCUACAUUGCGACCAGCAUUGCAAAAUAUUAAACCUGUAACAGAACAUUUAGAUAAUGAUGAUUAUUAUGAUGAUACCAAGCAAACAGUAAAAAAUGUUUACUCAAGUAAGAUUAAAUUAAAUGGACAUAGGCUUCCUACAACAACGGCAUCUUCAGAUGAAUACGAAUAUUAUUAUGAAGAAUAUGACUACCCAGAGCCAAAAUUAAAUAAUCAAGAAAUGUUAAAAUUGAAUAAUAAAACUGAUUCAUAUGCCCCAAUAUAUUCUUCAAAAUAUCAUGAAUCUCAAAGAAGGCAAAAUUCAGAAGAAACAAAAAACCAAAUUAAAUAUUUGAUACCUAAUACAUAUUCAAAUAUAACAAAAAUUACUAUUACAACUUUACCUCCUGCGCAGACAACUUUUAAACAAAUAAAUAAAUUAUUACGCGGUCAAAAAGGAGAAGUUGAUUCUUCUCAGUUUCUUGUUGAAACUUCGACACUAGUCACGACUCGGAAACCCGAAAAAAAAGUGAAUACUUCCAGAAAAAGAACUAAAACACAACCGUCGCCUUCAAAAACCGAAAAACAUACCAAGACGACUCCAUUGCCUACGACUACUGAAAUAUACGCACUUGACCCUAAACAAGAACAAUCAAUAAUAUAUAUCAGUCAAGAGAAAAAUGGCGUUUCACAAACUGCCAAUACCGGUUUGACAGCCGGUACUGCAACAGCGAGAACACUAUAUAACAGCAGCCAAUAUAACAACAUAAAUCAAAAUGACAAUCGUUAUGAUCCGUUUUAUGCGUUAUAUGAUGAAGAUGUCGAAUUAUACAAAGAUGUUGACUAUAACCAGCAAAACAAUAAUAACUACAACACAAAUUCACAACAGACUGGUUCAAGGGCUACUACAUCUGUUUAUCGCGGGUCACCAGGAGUCGUUAGAGAAGAAUCUACAAAACGUGGAAACAUAGUAUACAACAAUGUUAAUCAAGAUAUAUAUCAGCAACCAUCAACUAGUGAUUACAGCGAUAAUUCAUAUCAGGAUGAAGAUACGGCGUACAGACAAUCUACUAGGACUUCAUCUAGCCUUAGGGGAGACAGAAAUGAUAUAAAUGAUAUAGAGGAUCUUCCAAUAACAACUAAACGAACUGCCUCAAUUACACGAAAAAUCACCACCACCACCACUACGACCCCUAGAACAACUACGGCGCAAGCACGAAUAAUAUCCCCUAAAAAGAGUACUACCUCUUCUGCAAGAAAAGCGCCUGUCACCGCCAUUGAAAAGCAAACACAAGCACAGUCAAACUAUACAAAUCCGGAACAUAUUGUAGAUACUCCUUUCUCCUCAGAAUUAGUUUCCUCACUUUCAUCAGACCCAAACUCUUAUGACUAUUUGCUGCAUGAACCUAAACUCAUAGAUCUAAAACAACCUUCUCCAUUUUUACCUGCUCCAGAGCAUUCGUUUGUUAAUAAAUUAACUUCUCAUAAUAACAUCACGACACCUAAAUCUAAUUAUAAGACCCCAAACGCUACUAUUGAGUAUACUACCAAACAUCAGCCCUUAUUAAAGAAUAUAAAAACUAAAGAGUCGCCACUAAAACUUACAACAGUCGAUACACCAACAACAUAUUCGCCUUCAAAUUUAUUUUUACAAACAUAUUUAUCGAAAGCAUCACCACUUUUGACAUUUCCAGCUUUUGGGUUUAGACCAAAAACUCAAACCAAUGUAUCAGACUCUGAAGUUGACAAACAGACAUACACUAAGAAACUAAAAGUUAUACGAAAAAUUAUUCAUCCAAUCGCUGUCAACUAUGCAUUAUCAUCUAACUCAGGAAAGUACUUUGAAUCCGAGGAAGAACUUUUGAGCAAUGUUACAAAUAAUAUUUACCAAUCUGCUAAAAAUAAUAAAAAUGAAACAAAAGUAAAUCUGGUAUUUCCAAAAUAUAAUAAUUCUAAUAUUUUGGAUAAUAUAAGUAACAGCAUCUCUGUAAAGGCUUUAAACGAAGAAUUGUUUAAAUUAACAUCAAACAUAAAACAACAUACGAGUACUGCAAGACCUGUUCUAUUACCCAAAAAUAAAUUUUACGCAAAAUCACAAAAUUUGAAUGAUAAGUUAUCAAAACCUGUAUUUAUCCCAAAAAUGAAAACAGCAAAAAACUUUUUACUUCAUCAAAAACAAAAACUGACAAAAGAAAUUGCUAAAGAAAUAUCCCAUACACCUACGCUAGAGAGUCCUAUAGUCACAGACAUUACUACGAACUCUCCCAUAAAUAAAUCCCAUCCAACUAAAAAUAGAGUAUCUCGGGUCAACACUGCCAUAAAAACUCUAAUUACCAGCGCAGGGACUAAAGGUCAAGAGCCAAUAUGUACACGCAAUCCACUAAAAUGCAAAUUCAAAGUGGGACCAAGAACACCUUCCCGAGGACGAGGUACAUCACAUUACACAAACUCUGCCUCUAUAAAUAGCAAUGAGGUUACAGUUAACGUUAAUAGGGGUACACCAGCGCCCCGAGCACGUCCAACAUUAAAGCCAUCUACAUCAAUUGUCUCUAAAGCUUCAGAGUUUAUCGAUAUUUAUAAAUUUCCUCCGAGAAGACCAGACCCUCUAUACCCUCAACCACAGCCAGACAAAACUGCUGCUAAAUGCAGAAAGGACGUUUGCUUGUUACCUGAUUGCUCAUGUGGAGGAAAAGAUAUUCCUGGAGAUAUUCCAGUGACGGAAACCCCUCAAAUAGUUUUGAUGACAUUUGAUGACGCUGUUAAUGAUUUAAAUAAGCCAUACUAUAUUGAUUUAUUUGAAAACGGACGCAGAAAUCCUAAUGGCUGUCCAAUAACGGCCACAUUUUACGUUUCACACGAAUGGACAGAUUAUAGCCAGGUCCAGAAUCUGUAUGCCGACGGCCAUGAAUUAGCAUCCCAUACAGUCUCACAUAGUUUUGGCGAACAAUUUUCUCAGAAAAAAUGGACAAAAGAAGUAGCUGGUCAAAGAGAAAUUCUAUCUGCAUAUGGUGGUGUAAAAUUAGAAGAUGUCAGAGGCAUGAGAGCUCCAUUUUUGUCGGUUGGAGGAAAUAAGAUGUUUAAAAUGUUGUACGAUUCCAACUUCACCUAUGAUUCUUCCAUGCCUAUUUAUGAAAACAAACCACCAAGCUGGCCCUAUACGUUGGACUACAAAUUAUUCCAUGACUGUAUGAUUCCGCCUUGUCCAACAAGAUCAUAUCCCGGGGUAUGGGAAGUACCAAUGGUUAUGUGGCAAGACUUAAAUGGAGGACGGUGUUCUAUGGGAGAUGCUUGCAGUAACCCACCAGAUGCGGAUGGCGUUUUUAAAAUGCUUAUUAAAAAUUUCCAAAGGCAUUAUACAACGAACAGGGCACCUUUCGGACUCUUUUAUCACGCUGCUUGGUUUACACAGCCCCACCACAAAGAGGGAUUUAUUAACUUCAUUGAUACUAUUUUGGCCAUGAAAGAUGUCUGGAUAAUAACUAAUUGGCAAGCAUUACAGUGGGUGAGAGAUCCAACUCCUACAAAUAGAUUAAAUAACUUCCAGGCUUUCCAGUGUGAUUAUUCGGAUCGCCCUAAAAGAUGUAACAAUCCAAAAGUUUGCAAUCUUUGGCAUAAAUCUGGAGUAAGAUAUAUGAGGACUUGCCAACCCUGCCCAGACAUAUAUCCUUGGACAGGUAAUACUGGCAUUCGUAGCAGUAGGAUCGACAACGACAUUGAAGACUCCAAUAAUUAGAUGGAUUUUAAGAAUCUUUGUAGGCAAAUUUAAACUAUAAUUUUUGCUAGGCUCAUUUAGAGCGUAUUUCAAUAAUUUUUUAAAUUAAAGCCAAAAUUGUGUAAAUAUUUUUAAUGAUGUUUUUCAGGCGUCAAUUUAUAUAUCAUGCCUGAAUUUAACAUCAAUCCACGCCUAGUAAAUUUUUUUAUAUUUAUGGCAGGUAUACGCUACGUAUUAUACCUGCUAUAAAUAUUAUACUUACCAAACUAUAAAAUAACAUUCUACGAAAAACAAAAACGAAAGUUUAAUGUUUAAUAAAGCUAAAUAAACCUUGUAAUAUAAAUCCGGUUAAAAGAAGUAUUAUUUAUAGUUAUGCCUAUAUGUAAUUUAUUAAAUUAUUAAAUUUAUUUUUUCACCAAGUGUUUAUGGAAAAAUAUAUAGAUAUAUUAUCUUGUGGCAAUGCUUGGAGGUAUAAUAAAAUUUUAAAAUAA